ACGUUCAGUAACAUUUGGUCUCUCGCCAGUGGCACUUGUUUUACUUUGAGUAUAUUUCUAAAAUCUAAAAAAUCAAUCUAUCUAAAAUUCCUAACCGAAACUUUUUAUAAUGGAGACUGAAUUAUUGGAGAUCAACAAGGAAGAGCAGAAGGAGACACUGAUCUCUUUGGUGCCUCGUAAUCUACCGAAUAUUUACACCACCUCUGAGUUAUUCCGUUCGCUAAUUAUGUGGACCAAACCCAUAAUGGAUGUGCUCACCUGGCAGGUGCCAUUUGUAACCAGUUCCUGGCUGAUUCUUGGCCUGGUCACCAUCUAUAUUCUGGCCAGUAUUAGUCUGCCCAGCCUCGUGGGUCUGGUGGGGCUGAUCCUCAUGGGCAUGGUCAUGCUCUAUGCAGCAAUUAAGCGCGUUGAGCCAUACCAGGAGUUGGAGUCCAACGAGAUCCUGGCCAAGAUUAGAGUGCCAACGGAGGUGGUAGACCUGGUGGCCGACAGGGUGACCAUUUGGAUUAACCGCUGGAUGGCCACCGGGAUGUACGUGAUCUUUGGCCAGGAUUAUCGUCCCAGUGUCCUGGUGUCUCUGGCUGCCUUCUACAUUACCAUGAUGUGUGCCUUCUUUGGCAGCUCCACAAUGAUUAUGAUUGCUUAUUGCUUUGCUUUCAUUUUGCCUUUAUUGUGUCUACAUUGGCACCACUUCAAUCAGUUGAUUUGGCCGCAACGUAAGCAGUUCAAGAAGCAGAAUUUCCUACAACUUAAUGAAGAAGAACUUGAUGUACAGGAGGAGAUACCCCUUAAAAUGGAGGAGAUUAUUCCAGAUAAAGUGGAAAAUAAAGAAACCCAACACCCGGAGGUCAGCAGUAUUUAAAAAAAGGUCAGGAUAGGGAGCAGCAGCAGCAAUUCAAGAAAAC